AUGGCAUCUCAACCGCAUACAGUCAAGUGGGGCAUCAUGGCCACUGGUGGAAUUGCGCAGACUUUUACCAAGGACCUGCUUACGAACCCGGCCUCCCGCGAGGUCAGUGAUGUGGCCCACAAGCUGGUUGCAGUCGCCUCGUCGAGCUCCAAGGACAGUGCCACCAGCUUCCUGUCCAAGGUGAACGCUCCAGACGGCGUCAAGGCGUAUGGAUCAUACGCCGAGCUUGUGGCUGAUCCCGAGGUUGAAAUCGUCUAUGUAGCUACGCCACACUCUCACCACUUUCAGAACACCAUGCUCGCACUGGAGGCCGGCAAGAACGUCCUCUGCGAAAAGGCCUUCACGGUAACGGCCUCGCAGGCCCGCAAGCUGGUCGAGACGGCCAAGGCCAAGAACCUCUUCCUUAUGGAGGCUGUCUGGACUCGCUACUUUCCUCUCAGCAUCAAGAUUCGCGAGCUGGUCCAGUCGGGUGUCAUUGGUCCAGUCUACAGGGUCAUUGCUGACAACUCAUUUGGUAACGACGGCCCCAAUGGCACCCUCACCUUGCCCGACGAGAACCGGAUGGUCAACCCCGACCUAGCCGGCGGCGCUCUGCUGGAUCUGGGCAUCUACUCGCUGACGUGGCUCAUGCAAAUCUUGUACCACUGCCAGCCUGAGGCGGUCAAGGAAAAGCCCAAUGUCGUGGGUGCCAUUAACAAGUACACGACUGGGGCUGACGAGACAACGACCUUUAUCGUGCAGUUCCCCAAGCACAAUAGCAUGGGCAUCGGCAUGACCACACUGAGAAUUGCCACCGACGUAGACGGACAAAACACCGCGGGACCUGCCAUCAAGAUCCAGGGACCCCUGGGCGAGAUCCAAGUCAUGGGCCCGGCCUACAAGCCACUACAGUACAAGAUCAUCAAGAAGGACGCGCCCGGAAAGGUCGAGGUUGUCGACUGCCCAGUCCCCGAGGACAAGGAGCGCAGCUGGGGCCACGGCAUGUUCUGGGAAGCCGACGAGUGUGCCAGGUGUCUCCGAGACGGCAGAAAGGAGAGCGCCACACUCCCCUGGGAGGAGAGCAUUACCAUUAUGGAAGUCAUGGAGUCGGUGCUGAAGCAGGGCGACGUCAAGUACCCCGACCUCAUCACCACGGAUGUCUACGACCCCAAGAGCCCCCUCAACACUGGCAACCAGUGA